AUGUCAAUGAUUCUUUUUCUAUUAAAAAUCGCAUUUCUACUUGGUCUUCUAGGCUUGUCUAUUCACCGAACCCAUUUUAUAUCCAUUUUAAUUUGUCUCGAAGGUAUAAUACUUAUUCUUUUUUUAAUAAUAGCAACAUUUACAACCUCUACAAACACCCCGACUACUGCCAUUCUACCCAUUUUACUUUUAGCACUAUCAGCCUGCGAAGCCAGCACCGGCCUUGCCCUCCUAGUUGCUACUUCUCGAACACAUGGAACCGACCAUAUAAAAGCCUUAAGUUUACUAAAAUGCUAA